CCAAUUAAUUUUCAGAGAGAAUGAGAAAUAGUUUAAAAAAAGGUUCAAUUUAUUACAUUUAAUUAUCUUUUUUAAAAAAAUAUCUUUAGUUUUGACGAAGGAAAAAAAAUAAAAAAUUUAACUUUAUUUUCUUACUCCCCCAAUUUUUAUCAUCAGAUAAACCCAAUACAGUUUUCUCCGGCAAAACAGUUCUUUCUUUCUCAAAUCCACACACAAACCCUAAAAAUCGUUGUCCCUCCCGCCGCUCAAGUUGCGUCCUCCGGCCAACCACUUUGCCGUUUCAUCGCUGUAAGAAAGGUUGGAAACCAUGGCCGAUGAAAUUGAUUUAACUGGAGAUGGAGGUGUCCUUAAGAAAAUUGUUAGGCAUGCUAAAGCAGAUGCAGUUGGUCCAACCGAAGAUUUUCCUCUUGUUGAUGUUCAUUAUGAGGGAAUUCUGUCUGAAACGGGAGAUGUCUUCGACACUACACGGGAAGAUAAUACUGUUUUCUCCUUUGAGGUUGGAAAGGGGGCUGUGAUCAAGGCUUGGGACAUUGCAUUACGAACUAUGAAGGUUGGGGAGAUAGCCAAAAUCACUUGCAAGCCAGACUAUGCCUAUGGAAGUGCUGGUUCUCCCCCUGAUAUCCCACCGGAGGCAACACUUAUUUUUGAGGUGGAACUAAUUUCCUGCAAUCCACGGAAGGGAUCAAGCCUUGGUAGUGUUUCUGAGGAAAGGGCUAGACUAGAUGAACUGAAGAAGCAGAGGGAAAUUGCCGCAGCCACAAAAGAGGAGGAAAAGAAAAAGAGAGAGGAAGCAAAAGCUGCUGCUGCCGCUCGAAUUCAAGCCAAGUUAGAUUCAAAAAAAGGAAAGGGAAAAGGCAAAGGAAAAUAAGGGCUUCUGAAUUGAAAUUCAAAUGAAAUGUUUGCAUCUUAAGAGAUUUACUUAGCUUGUUUAGCCUUUACUGAAUAAGAUAUUUAUGGUCAACUCGGUAUGACUUAGUUUUAACACUUGUUUUGAUUGCUUUUGUUCGUUAGUCGUUGCAAAACUAAAUUCCCAAGUCUUGUCUGAUAUAUAUAAAUAUGUUACGUGAAAUGACAAUAGUAAAAAUAAAAAUAAUUAGUAUUUUUGUUCUUUUAACAAA